UGAUGACAACGGCCAUGGACUGAGGCUGUGUGUCUCUCUCUUGACCUCCUUAUCCUUCCUCAACUCAACCUCAUGCCGAACGUCACCCAGGAAUCCAUGAUCCCUCAACCAAUACGCAUACCUCGACAUCGUCUCCAAGGAGGCUUCCUCAUCAGCCCAGAAACGGCUCUCGAAUGGGCUUCAAGACUCGAAAAUAGGCCGGUGACAGAAAUUCUCGUGGCAUGGAGAACCAUCGUCCUACGGGUUAGCCGUACGGGUGCAAGGUUAUCAAUGGUGGGAGUACUGUACAGUCAGUUCAUGGUCGUCACGCAGCAGAAGACGUUCCGCCGUGGCUACUUGGGCAUGGAUCCGUCAGAAAUACCUCAGUUCAGGGAGGGAGCGCUGGAGGCUAUCGUGCGAAAGAUGUUGAAAGAAGAUAGUAUCCAUGACCCCGUAUUUGCUACUACCUUAGACUACUAGAGUCUGAUGACUCUGAAUACGUAUUCUUUCUACAUUUUGGUCCUUCCAAAUACGAUGACCCCUAAGGAAUGUCUUUGAAUACCGACAACUGAUUCUGCCACAGUCGAUUCAUGACAUUGUUUUUGAAUUCAUUCGAUUAACAUUAUCCUUCUUGUUCAUCGACGACAAAACCGGUUUGAAGGGCGAAGAAUGCUGGUCUUCCAAGCACGUUUAAAUUUGACGCAGGUGCUAAUUGCAAACGUUUAAAUGAAACUGACAAUAAAGACGACAUGCUGGAACGAAGGGACAUCAGCACGAGCGGUGGUGUUGGCCGUCUACCACCUUGAUCAAUCUUUCUUAUUGGCUGCAUCGAGUGCGAAGACUCAGAAGAGUCUUUCUCCACAAGAUGUCGUAUCGUCUCCGACGCCGAUGCGUGUGUGCAGCUUACCGGAAUGUUAGAAAGAAUGCCUACUGGUGUACUACCUACGAGACGGGCUACUGCUUGUU